CCUCAUGUAUUAGAUACAUAAAAGAGCAUUGUAAGAAUAUCUAAAAAGUGGCAAUAUUGAUUAAAGAAUAGUUUCAAUGAAUUUAUUAAAUGUAAGUUAAUUGAAGAAUGAAGAACUUAAUGUAUUACACAAAUCUUUAAGUACAAAGAACUAAAAAUUUGAAGGAGAUGCAGGUAAAAUAUUAUCUAAAGUAUUUCCAUUUAUUUUUAUACUCUUUAGUUUAGACCAAAAGUUAAAUCUAAUGGAUUACCACUUUAUUUUAAGAAACCUGAUUAUACACAUGAAGAUUAAGAACUUAAUCAAUUAGAAGAACAUCUGUAUAGAAUUGAUUAAUUAAAUUAGCAAAAUUGUACUAAAAUCUAAAUUGAAUACUUGCAAAGUCUUUAAUGGAACUUAUCUUGUAGAUCCAUCUAUAUAAGAUCUUCAAAGGACUAAUCAAAAAUCUAAACAACCUUAAUAAUUUGUUUACUUUCCUGCCAUCAAACGAUAACCAAGUUAAGCUAAUCUAAGAGAUACUUAAUAAAUAAAAUAAGUUGUUAAUUAAAGAUUACAUGAUUCUGAAUUAACAUUGCAUGAAUUAAGAGAAAGAUAUAAAGAAUCUAAAUUAAGUGACUUUUAAAAGUAUUUUUUUUAAUUGAUUGAUGAGGGGGAUGUUGGUGAAUUGUAAUCUUUAUUUAAACAAAAGGAAAUAUCCUAAGAUAUUCUUAAUAGUCCAAAUCAUAAAGGUUAUUAUCCUGUUCAUUUGGCUAUAAAAUAAAAAGAUCCACAAUUAUUUAAAUUGUUUUUGUAAAAUGGAGCUGAUUUAACAGUUUUAACAAGAAAAAAGAAAUCAAUCAAAUAAUUAUUAGAUAUAUAUUAUAAUGAUGAAAUUUAUGAAUUAAUUAAUGGAAAGAAGAAAGGGAAAUUAUAAUUAUGA